AUGAAUAUCGCCUUUCUGGUUUCCCUGUUCCUGCUAAACUCAGAUCGCAUUCAGAAAGCCAUUGAGAUAUGCAGCGAAUGUUUGAUUUUGCUAAAUAACAUCGAUCAAAACAGCAAAGACCGAUUUAAUUCACAACUGCUACUACUUUACAGUGCCAUCUGUAACGUUCUUUUUAGCGCAUAUCGUCGUAUCUCUGACUACAUAAAUGCAGAAAGAUACGGCAGAAAACUGCUUGACUUAUACAGCGAGUCUGGUGACUUAGUAAAAGAAGGAGAUGUAAGCAUAGCUCUAGCAGAGAUUUUUGAGAGUCAAAAUAGGUUUACAGAGGCCAAACAACUUUACGAAAAAGCAAUUAAUGUAAAGAGACAAACCGGUGAGAAAAUUGGAGAAGCAAGCGCCUGCGAAACACUGGGAAUUAUGUUUUAUAAACUUGGCGAAAACCUAAAGGCUGAAGAGUAUCUCCAAAAAGCCCUUGUCAUCAGAACUGAGAUUGGUGACAGAGAAGGAGAAGCAUCAUGUCAUGAAAACCUAAGUACUGUGUUUAAGUCUUUAGGGCAGUACAAGAAGGCUAAAGAGCAUCUCCAGAAAGCCCUUGUCAUCAGAGCUGAGAUUGGUGAUAGAAAAGGAGAAGCAUCAUGUUAUGGACACCUAAUUACUGUGUUUGAGUCUUUAGGGCAAUACGACAAGGCUGAAGAGUAUCUCCAAAAAGCACUUGGUAUCAGAACUGAGAUUGGCGACAGAGAAGGAGAGGCUGCUGACUACGGAAACUUAAGUACUGAGUUUUGGUCGCUCGGACAAUACGACAAGGCUAUAGAGUAUCUCCAAAAAGCACUUCUCAUCACAACUGAAAUUGGUGACGUAAAAGGAGAAGCAUCAUGUUAUGGAAGGCUAGGUACUAUGUUUGAGUCUCUAGGGCAGUACGACAAGGCUGAAGAGUAUCUCCAAAAAGCGCUUAUCAUCAGAACUGACAUUGGCGACAGAAAUGGAGAAGCAUCAUGUUAUGGAAACCUAGGUAUGGUGUUUCAGUCGCUCGGGCAAUGCGAUAAGGCUAAAGAUUAUCUCCAAAAAGCGCUUGUCAUCAGAACUGAGAUUGGCGACAGAAAAGGAGAAGCAUCAUGUCAUGGAAACCUAGGUACUGUGUUUAAGUCUUUAGGGCAGUACAACAAGGCUAAAGAGCAUCUCCAGAAAGCGCUUGCCAUCAGAACUGAGAUUGGUGAUAGAAAAGGAGAAGCAGCUGACUACGUAAAGCUAGGUGGUAUGUUUGACUCACUCUGGCAAUACGAAAAGGCUAAAGAGUAUGUCCAAAGGGCGCUUGUUAUCAACACUGAAAUUGGCGACAGAGGAGGAGAAGCAUCAUGUUAUGGAAGCUUGGGUAUUGUGUUUGCGUCGCUCGGGCAAUACAACAAGGCUAAAGAGUAUUUCCAAAAAUCGCUUGUCAUCAGAACUGACAUUGGCGACAGAGAAGGAAAGGCUGCUGACUACGGAAACCUAGGAGCUGUGUUUGAGUCGCUCGGGCAAUGCGACAAGGCUAAAGAGUAUCUCCAAAAAGCACUUGACAUCAAAAUUGACAUUGGCGACAGAAGAGGAGAAGCAUCAUGUUAUGAAAACCUAGGUACUGUGUUUCAUUCGCUCGGGCAGUACGACAAAGCGAAAGAGUAUCUCCAAAAAUCGCUUGACAUUAGAACUGAGAUUAGCGACAGAGAAGGAAAGGCUGCUGACUACGGAAACCUAGGAGUUGUGUUUGAGUCGCUCGGGCAAUGCGACAAGGCUAAAGAGUAUCUCCAAAAAGCACUUGACAUCAGAAUUGACAUUGGCGACAGAAAAGGAGAAGCAUUAUGUUAUGCAAACCUAGGUGCUGUGUUUGGGUCUCUUGGGAAGUACGAGAAGGCUAAAGAGUAUCUUCAAAAAGCGCUUGGCAUCAUAACUGAAAUUGGCUACAGAAAAGGAGAGGCAGAUACCUACGCAAACCUAGGAUCGGUGUUUAAGUCUCUGGGGCAGUACGAAAAGGCUAGAGAGUAUGCACAAAAAGCGCUUCUCAUCACAAAUGAGAUUGGCGACAGAAAUGGAGAAGCAUCAUGUUAUAUAAACCUAGGGAAUGUGUUGCGGUUGCUCGGACAGUACGACGAGGCUAAAGAGUAUCUCCAAAAAGCGCUUCUCAUAACAACUGAAAUUGGCCACAGAAAUGGAGAAGCAUCAUGUUAUGGAAACCUAGGUACUGUGUUUGAGUUGCUCGGACAAUACGAUAAGGCUAACGAGUAUCUUCAAAAAUCUCUCGUUAUGAGAACUGAAACUGGCCACAGAGCUGAAGAAGCAUCAUGUUAUGGAAACAUAAGUAAUGUGUUUGCGGCUCUUGGGCAGUGCGACAAGGCCAAAGAUUAUCUACAAAAAGCACUAGCCAUCAGAACCGAAAUUGGUCAUAAGCCAGGGGAAGCAGCAGUUCUUGCAAAAUUUGGAAGUGUGUGUAGAACUGUUGGAGAUUACGAGGCUUCGGAAGUAUGCUUGGAGAAAGCUUUAUUUAUAUCCAGAGAUAUUGGAGAUAGAAGAAAAGAGUUCCAAAUCCUUCUAGACUACGCCAUUUUGUAUUUAUUACAAAUUAAAAUCAAAGACGCCCUGUCAUGUCUUCAUCUGUGCAUUGAAAAGUAUGAGGAGCUGAGACAUUUCUUGGGCGCCAAUGAUCACUUUAAAACAUCAUUUCUGGAGCACUCAGGAAUAUUUCCCUACAAGCUGCUUUGUAGUUUGCUUUGUGUUACCGGACGUGCUCGUGAUGCUCUUUAUGUUGAGGAGUUGGGUCGAGCCAGAGGCCUAUCUGACUUGAUGGCAGAGAAGUACUCUGUUAAAACGCAUAUCUCUGCUAAUCCGCAAUCUUGGUUUGGCAUUGAAAACAUUUUUAGAAAGGAAAUUAACUGUACUUGUCUGUACAUUUCUUAUUCUCAAAAUCAUCUGGAUUUAUGGAUUUUGAAAACAAGUGGAGUCCUUCACUAUAAAAGAAUAUCAGUAGAAGAGACUCUAGUUCAGGCUGGGUUGCCUAAAGAUUUGCCUUUGAGUAAAUAUUUGACUAAUAAUUUCCGGAGUCUUGGUAUUUUGCCCAUUGAAGAUUGCGAAGAUCGGUCUUUAAAUAUGAUUAAAUUUCAACCUCUCUCCCCCGAACAAAAGAGCUCAGCAAGAUUACGACUCGUGGUGGACGACGAGGAAGUCAUUUCAAGUCUAUCUUUGUGUUACACACUGUUUAUUGCCCCCGUUUAUGAUUUGCUUGAUGAGCCUGAAGUCAUUAUUGUUCCUGACAGCAGUUUGUACAAAGUUCCCUUUGCAGCCCUGAGUGAAAAGGAGGGAGUUGAAUACCUGUCAGAGACUCAUAAGAUCCGUAUCAUUCCUUCUUUGACGACACUCAAGAUCAUUCAAGAUAGUCCAGAGGACUAUCACAGCAACACUGGUGCCUUGAUAAUAGGCAAUCCCAGGGUUGAUUGGCUGCCGCCAUUGCCAGGUGCAAGAAAGGAAGCGGAGAUGGUCGGAAGACUGGUGGGUGUUCCGCCCCUGGUAGAAGAGAGAGCAACGAAGCAGGCGGUACUAGAGCGGAUAAGUUUAGUGAGCCUGAUACAUUUUGCUGCCCAUGGUGACGCCGAAAGGGGAGAAAUUGCCCUCUGCCCCAACAUCCCUAUUCCCAACAGUCAAAAUGCUAUCCCACCACAGGAAGCUUACAUGUUGACGAUGGCUGAUGUCUCACGAGUGAAAGUCAGAGCUAAACUAGUGGUACUUAGCUGCUGUCACAGUGGAAGUGGAGAGGUAACAGCCGAGGGAGUUAUAGGAAUUGCCCGUGCUUUCUUAGGAUCCGGUGCUCGCUCGGUGUUGGUUGCGCUGUGGACCAUUCCGGACUUAGCAACAGAGCAGCUAAUGAGUAGGUUUUACGAACAUCUUGUUGAAGGAGAAAGUGCCAGUGAAUCCCUUCAUCGGGCCAUGAGGUGGAUGAGAAAAAACCGCUAUACCAAAGUGUCUGAUUGGGCUUCGUUUACGCUGAUUGGAGAUGAUGUGAGGCUCGAGUUUGAAAAGCAAAGGAAAGAAGGCGAGAAUAUCUCGAAGGAAACAGACCUUAAAGACUUUUAG